AUGAAAGGAUCGUUAUGCGGGCAGAGGCCGCGGGUGGUGCAAAAAAAACCUACAGGGACGGACACGGACAGAACCGAGACCACCCCGAGCUCCUUUCAGCCACGAACGAAUUCUGCUCGGGCGGACACACGGACGGAGCCGUUCCGGACGGCCUCGGCUCGGCGCUGCGGGGCUCGGCGGGACAGCAGGAGGGCUCCGGAGCCGCUCGGAGCCGUGGGCCGAGCACGGCGCACCGAAGCUCUGCCGGGUCGGGGCUCGGAGCUCCGCCGCAGCCGGGAGCGGCGACAGCACGGAACGGAGCGGCGGUACCCGGAGCGCUCGGGACGCGGAGCUCCGAACGGUCGCAGGAGCGGAACCCGAGGGCAGCCCCGGCACCGCACCGCGCUGAGCCCGGCCGCGGGAGGAACCGGAGCGGAGCCAGCGGGCAGCGCCGGGGCUGUGAGGGGCGAGCAUUGCUGCGCCGGGCUCGCUGCUGUAACGCUCGGCACGAUUCGGCUCGGCUCAGCAGCGCGACGCUCGGCCCGGCCCGGUUUGCUUCACGCUGCCGAGUCGGGCCUGGUCUCGUUCCGCUCCGCUAGGCUCUGCCCGGCGGGGCUCAGCGGGCCGAGCCCGGUUUCGGUCCGGUUUCGGUGCCGGUUCUGCCGCUCUGACGCCGUCUCCCCCUCCCCCCCCGCAGGUCGGGACCCUCUGAGCGCCCUCGCGCAGCGCCCGACGUCGAAGAAGCGGCGUAAAUCGCGCACGGCGUUCAGCAACCAGCAGCUCUUCGAGUUGGAGCGCCGCUUCGUGCGCCAGAAAUAUUUGUCCCCCGCCGACCGCGACCAACUGGCGCAGCGCCUGGCGCUCAGCUCCGCGCAGGUCAUCACCUGGUUCCAGAACCGCCGCGCUAAGCUCAAGCGCGACCUGGACGAGAUGCGCGCCGACGUGGCCUCCCUGCAGGCGCUGCGGCUGCGGGAACCCCCCCCGGCCCCCCCCGGCCCCGCCGAGCUGUCCGAGGAGGAGAUUGACGUGGGGGCCUGAAGGGGAGGGGGGCCGGGGGGGGAUCGGUGCGGUGCUCCCGUCCUCUUUGUUUCCGCUUUAUUUCUGUUUUCUUGUAAUUUUAUUUCCCCCCCCGCACCUCCACCCUCCU